CCGCAGCAGGAACUUCGCAGACGCUCAGGCCAGCAAGCGAGAAGAGGCAGUUUGUUUAGAGAAAGAAAAAGUUUAUUGAAGAGAAAAAGAGCAGAAAUAAAGUGGGACUCCCGGGCCAGGGAACCAGGGAACCAGGCCUGGGAGGGGCAAGGAAGCCAAAGUGGAGUCGUGUCUCAGGGAACAUGGACCUUUUCCCCUCAUUAUUCUAAAGCUGCCCCGUCUCUCUGUGAGUGGCCAGUUCUCGGCUGUCUCACUGAAUUUGCUGCUGAGCGGGAUCUUCACGUUCCUCAUCUAACAGGCCUCUCCCUGCGCAGAGUGCCCGUCCCCACCGAGCCCAGCCGAGUGCAGACGCCUCGCGGACCCGCCAUGUGGAGCGGCUGGUGGCUCUGGCCCCUGGUGGCCGUCUGCGCCGCGGACCAGUUUCUGGAGCAGGCCCGGAGCAUCAUGCGGCACACGCCGGCCGUGGAUGGGCACAACGACCUUCCGUGGCAGCUGCUGAAGAGGUUCAACAACCAGUUGCAGGUCCCAGGCGCCAACCUCAACAGCCUGGUGGACACCCACACCAAUAUCCCCAAGCUGAGGGCCGGCUUGGUGGGUGGCCAGUUCUGGUCUGCAUAUACCCCCUGCGACACCCAGAACAAGGACAGCGUGAAGAGGACGCUGGAGCAGAUCGAUGUCAUCCACCGCAUGUGCCAGAUGUACCCUGACACCUUCGCCUGUGCCACCAGCAGCAUAGGCCUCCGGCAUGCCAUGCUAAGCGGCAAGGUGGCCAGCCUGGUGGGCGUGGAGGGUGGCCACUCCAUCGACAGCAGCCUGGGCGUCCUGCGGGCCCUCUACCACCUGGGCAUGCGGUACCUGACGCUCACCCACAGCUGCAACACCCCCUGGGCCGACAACUGGCUGGUGGACACCGGAGAGGACCAGGCUCGGAGCCAGGGCCUGUCGCCCUUCGGGAAGCGGGUGCUGAAGGAGCUGAACCGGCUGGGGGUCAUGGUGGACCUGGCGCACGUGUCCCGGGCCACCAUGCUGGCCGUGCUGCAGCUGUCCAGCGCGCCCGUCAUCUUCAGCCACUCCUCGGCCUUCGCGCUCUGCCCGCACAGGCGCAACGUGCCCGACGACGUGCUGCAGCUGGUGAAGCAGAAGCGCGGGCUGGUGAUGGUCAAUUUCUACAACGACUACGUCUCCUGCGGGAAGGAGGCCAACCUGUCCCGCGUGGCAGACCACCUGGACCACAUUAAGAAGGUGGCGGGCGCCGGAGCCGUGGGCUUCGGGGGGGACUUCGACGGCGUUUCAAGGCUCCCCGCGGGGCUGGAGGACGUGUCCAAGUACCCGGCCCUGGUCGCCGAGCUGCUCCGGAGACAGUGGACCGAGGAGGAGGUCAAGGGCGCCCUGGCCGGCAACCUGCUCAGGGUCUUCGAGGAGGUGGAGAAGGCGAGCAACCACACGCAGGCGCCGGAGGAGGAGCCCAUUGCCCUGGACCAGCUGGAGGCCUCGUGCAGGACCCUCUACGGCUACUCGGGGGCCUCGGGGGCGCCCCCCUCCGCGGCUGGCCCUGGGCCCUGCUGGCCGCCGGCGCCCCCCUCCUGCUCGGCCUGCGUCUUCUCUGACAGCCAGGGAGGCCCGGCCCCCCAGAGCAGAGCGGCGCGCAAUAAUGGGGACCCUGCUGCGACCUGACACUGGCGCCCAAGCCUGCAGGCUCCCGAGCCUCCAAGCAGCCCGUGUCUGGCCACAGGCCGGGGCAGCGCUGGGCCUGGACGCUGCUCCCCGUCCAUCCCCACGUUCUCACACAAGCCCGAGCGCUCUCGCAGGCCCCUGCACUCGUCUGCACCCCCCACGCCCCCCACCCAUCCACGCCGUCCCCCAGCCGCCAAGCCUGUCGCACAGCCGCCCCCAGCCAGCGGCCUGGGGAGAAGCAUGGGCCCUGCCCCAAACUCCCACUGGGUCUGAGGGCUCGAGGCCCUCGGGCACAGCGGGGCCCGUGGGGCGGGGGCUCGGUCUGCGCCCCCUCCCAGGACAGGUCACAGGGCUGCCUGGGGCCUGCGGCCCACCUAAGCUCAACGCCGUGUUGAUCCUACUGCCUUCCACAGGCGGCUGCCGGCCCCGCAGGCUGGGCCUCAGGGCGCCGUUUUCUGGUGACCCCCAUUAAAGCCGCCCUUGUUCA